UUCGUUAUCCAGAAAGGUGCAGUCACAGCAAGAGAGGGAGAGAGAGUGGUGGUUUUGAUUCAGGCAGGCAAUGGCGCUUCUCAACGUCUCCUUGUGCUUCAAACUCCCUCCAAACCCAAACCCACCGCUUUCUCUCCGCAAGGCCCUCCAGCGUACGAUCCCACAACUGCAAUUCGUCACUGCUCAAACCCUUUCCUUCUCCUUGCCCGAAUCGGCGGGAAAAGCCGCCUUUCUGGCUCUUCUCUCUUCUUCCCUCUUCUUCGUCGAUCCUGCGCUCGCAUUCAAGGGUGGAGGCCCGUACGGGGCCGAAGUCACUAGGGGUCAGGAUCUCACCGGGAAAGAUUUCAGCGGCAAGAGCUUGAUCAAGCAAGACUUCAAAACGUCAAUACUGAGACAAGCCAAUUUCAAAGGUGCAAAGUUACUAGGUGCUAGCUUCUUCGAUGCUGAUUUAACAGGAGCUGAUCUUUCUGAUGCUGAUCUUAGAGGUGCAGACUUUUCUUUGGCUAAUGUGACAAAGGCAAACUUGACCAAUGCUAACUUGGAAGGAGCAUUAGCUACUGGGAACACAUCUUUCAGGGGAUCACUUAUAACUGGAGCUGACUUUACAGAUGUUCCUCUGAGAGAGGAUCAGCGGGAGUACCUCUGCAAAGUUGCUGAUGGGGUGAAUCCGUCAACCGGCAAUGAAACGCGAGAGACAUUGCUUUGCAAUUGAUGUAAUUUUGAAGUAGUAGUAGUAGUAGAAGAAGAAGAAGAAGAAGAAGAAGAAUGAAGUGGGAUGAAUGCAUCUGCGCGCAACUGACUUAGGUUUGACAUUUUGCAUUUAUCGUGCAUCUAAACACUUAAAAAAUUCCUGUCUUUCCCUGCUCUAAUGAUAUGCUUAAAAUCUUUAUUUUCUAUCUCUUAAAUCCUUUUCCAGCCAUUUGCACUGAUAGUUCCUGUCUUUUGUCUUUCAAUUAUCCCAUUAAACUUUUUAUAUAAAGAUGGUGCUAAAACUUUA